CAACAAUGAAAUAGUCAAACUGGUCAAUGCAAAGAUUAAAUGGAUGCCUUUCGAAAGAAACUUUGCUUGAUAUUUUGUCAAAAAUGGCAGAGAAUAUCUGCAAAUCAAAAUGCAUGAUGUCAAAUAAAUGCAAGAUGCAAAGACAGAAACCCAAAGAAAUGUGAGGAUGUCAGAGGAGCUGCAACACCAAACAACCCUGUUGCCAGUCCGGUCAGUUUCGCUGAAUGUGUGGCAUGGUUUGGAGUGGUCUCAUUGCCUUGCUUGUGCCCCGCAGACAUCCAGCAGCUGAUUGUCCUUCGGGGAAAGGUGGCCCCCAGCUCCACUUUACCGCGUGAGGGUCCACAGCCUCGUCGCAUCAAUGAGGAUAAAAACGAUUCGCUGCUCCUUCCCUCUCAAGAGGAAGGAAACGAUGCAUGGCCAACUUAUGGUGAAGACCAAGAGGAGGAGCCACGGCCCCCAGGCAUGAAAGAGGAAGACAAGGGGUUGGAUGUCAGCACGCUGGCGCCGACCGGCGUCUGCGUGAAGGUCGAAGACGAGUCACCCGAACGGACGCGGUGUCAUCAUCGCAGCGGAGCGGGAGAGCCCUGCGCUGGCCCGUCAGCGGAAGAGCUCUUGGCGCCACUGUCGGACAGCGACGACGUGGAGAGCGACGCCAACUCUGAAGGUGACGACCAACAGUCGAGGUGCGGCAAGAACAACGAGGCGACUUCACAAAUGCCUCUCGAAAAUUUGACCUGUUCAGUUUGUGGCGACCACUUCGGCAAACGGUCAACACUGGCUCGCCACUUGAGGACGCACAGGAAGGAAAAGCUCCUCCGCUGCCCUUGGUGUGUCAAAACGUUCUCUCUCAAGACUCAAGUGGUGCAACACAUGAGAGUCCACACGGGGGAAAAGCCUUUCUGUUGCUCCGUUUGCGGCAAAACUUUCUCGAAUCAGUCGAACAUGGUGAAACACAUGAGAACGCACACGGGAGAAAAACCCUACGGUUGCCCGGUGUGCCAGAAGAAAUUCGCCCAGACGUCGCACAUGGUCACCCACAUGAAAAUCCACACAGGCGAAAGGCCUUUCAGCUGCUCCGCCUGUGGGAAAAGAUUCACCCUGAAGCAUAACAUGGCAGCGCACGCGAGAACGCACACGGGAGAGAAACCUUUCGUUUGUUCCGUGUGCGGGGAAGCCUUCUCGCGGAAGCGACAACUGGGGCGACACAUGAGCGCGCACACGGGGGAGAGCCCCUUCACUUGUUCCGUUUGUGGUAAGACCAUCACCCAAAAGCAAAAUCUGGUCACGCACAUGAGAACGCACACGGGAGAGAAACCUUUCUGUUGCCCCAUUUGCGGGAAAACCUUCUCAAAUAAAUCCAACAUGUCCAAACACACGAGAACACACACAGGGGAGAAACCCUUUCGCUGCUCAUUGUGCGCAAAAACAUUCUCCCAAACGUCGCACAUGGCAACGCACAUGAAAAUGCACACGGGGGAAAGGCCUUUCUCUUGCUCGGUUUGCGAGAAGAGAUUCGCGCUGAAGCGAAGCAUGGUCGCGCACGAGAGAACGCACACGGGCGAGAAACCCUUCCGCUGCUUAAUUUGCGGCAAAGCAUUCUCUCAAAAGCGGCAACUCGCACCACAUAUGAAAACACACACAGGGGAAAAGCCCUUUUGUUGCUCGUUCUGCGACAAAACAUUUUCCCAAAAGUCACACAUGGCGUCACACGUGAAAAUACAUACUGGGGAAAGACCGCACAGUUGCCUGCUGUGCGGUCAAACAUUUAUUCAGAAGCGCAGUCUGGUGCUCCACACAAGAACGCACACCGGAGAGAAACCAUACGGUUGCUCGAUGUGCGCCAAGACCUUCUCUCACAAGUCGUGCGUGGCGUCGCACAUGAGGAUACACACGGGGGAAAAACCCUUUCGUUGCUCAGCGUGCGACCAAUCUUUCAUUCAGAAACACAGUCUGACGUCGCACAUGAGGACACACACGGGGGAAAAACCAUUUAGCUGCUCCACUUGUGGGAAGGCAUUCUCCCAAAGGCCACACCUGGUUUCACACAUGAGAACACACACGGGAGAAAAACCCUUUUACUGCUCACUGUGUGGUAAAAGAUUUUCCCAUAAGUCCAACAUGGUCAAACACAUGAGGACGCACACGAGAGAAAAAAGCUCACUGGAAAUGGCGCUCACGGGGCAGGUUUGACUGCACACAAACAACCGAGGAUGAAUGUUUCGGGAAAAAAAACAAACAACAAAAAAUAAAAGGGGAGUCCCCGAGAUGUCGCUGAAUUGGAAACAUUGUCUUCACUUGCUGAAUGAUAUUCUUCUCAAGAUCUGCAAAAGUUCGAUUUAGUUGUGCAGGACGGUGAUUUUUCCGACCGUGCUACGCAGGCUCCCUCUAGUGGUAGACGAAAGGAAUCACUGAAUUCAGUACCAACAAAAUGUGCUGAAAAUAUUACUGUAGAAUGAAGCUUUAAGCAAUGCAAGCCUGUUUAAUUUUUUUUCAUCCAGUAAGUG